CGACGUCACCAAAAGCCGCGCUGACCAGCCGAAGGACCAGCAGCGGGUUGGUUGUUGCGUAAUUUCCCAUUAGCUCCGCUGCCGAAGACGCAUCGGCUGCUCGCCUACGGCCAGUCGCUGCACAGCGGCGUCCAAAGCGUCGAUAGUCAUAUACAGGGCGAUUCCAAAGGCGUGCCACUCCGCCGGGGGUGAAAAUUUCCAGUAUAUCAAGAACUCGCUUUUGGAGUUGUCGAUGUGCUGCGCCUCAUAGAGAAUCUUUUUGAAGUGAUCCCACUCAGAAGCGGCUAAUUGUAGCCCCCUUGGAAUACAACGUUGCCAGUAUCUAAUGUUAUGUCAGGAAUCGCGUCAAGUGUCAAAUCUUAAAAAGAUUGAUACGGAAGAUUGCUUACCAAAGAAAGUAUGUACGGCCUGCUACAAUGUGAUUAUCAAGUUCGACCAAUUAAAAAAUCAAGCUUUAGAAUCGGAAAAGCAACUGGAGCAUGCUAUUGUUUCCGCAUCUACUGAGACGUAUGAUGCCUCCGAGGAUGAAACCAUGAAGUCAGAAGAAUUGGAAGCAGCGUGUGAAGAGUAUGAUAACCAGAACGCGUCUUCCGAUUCCAAUACCUACGAUGUUCAAAUAUUGACCUCAAUACCGAUGAAAUUAGCAACAUCUGAAAACACGCAACAGGAAACAUAUGGUGAGGGGCAAGAACAACAGGAGCAAAGUGAGAAUGACGAAGAUAGCGCAGAAAAUGUUGAUGAUCCCCUGGAAAACAAGCAAAAGCGCAAACGAAAAAUAGAACCUUGCGAUAGAUGUGGGAAACUAGUGCAAGAAUCGAAAAAGGAAAAUCAUUUGAGAACGCAUACCAAAGAAAGACCUUUCCAGUGCGAUCAGUGUGAGAAAUCCUUUUCUGAUAAAAGUAACUUGAACAGACACGCAAAAACACAUGGAGCGGAUCGGCCUUAUCAAUGUAGUAUUUGCUUAAAAGGUUUUCUAAGAAUGUCCAGCAAAGAAUUGCACGUGAACACAGCGCAUAAAACGGAGAAAAGUUUCUUCUGCCACAAAUGCGGAAAAGCAUUUAAGCAUCAAUGUUUCUUGAACAAACAUUUGAAGUAUCAUAAUAAGCGGAAGGAUGAGGACAAGGAUGACACGAAAAGUUAUCCAUGUGAGGUGUGCGGACACUCCCUCAAAACGAAAGCAAGUUUAACAGUGCAUUUAAGGAAGCAUGGAGAGCCUAAAUCGUACUUAUGCACCACAUGCGGGAAAACUUAUUCGACGAAAGCUGUGCUGGAUAAUCACCAGAAACUUCAUACUGGUGAGAUGAAUUUCAGGUGUGAUAUUUGCACCAGACGAUUUCGAUUCAUCAGCACAUUGAAGACCCACAUGUUGCUUCACAGUGGCGAAAAACCUCAGAAAUGUCCAAUUUGUCACAAACAAUUCCGCCAGCAUGCCCACUUGAAGACCCAUAUUAGGGGCCAACAUAACGACGAGCGUCCAUUUCAAUGCACAUAUUGCUCGAAAACGUUCAAGCACAAUUGUAACUUAAUAGUGCAUACGCGGAUACACACCGGCGAAACUCCAUAUCAUUGUGACCUGUGCAAAAAAGGCUUUUACGACUCCAGUAGCAUGAAAAAGCAUCGAAAAAACCACUUUGGAAAAAUUCAGAGGCGCGGCUGGGAGAAGGUCGUAGUUGCAGGUCCAGUAGAUGGUAUUUGAGGCUUUAUUUACAAAUUACAGUUGGUGUAGUUUUCUGCAGGCGCGAAUGUUUAAAUCCUAAAUCCCCAAUCAAAUGCAUGUUGAGAAAUAUUUGCAAAUACAUAAAAAGAAACCCCUAAUAUGAAUAUUGUGGAAAGAUUAAAUGGUAAAAGAACAAA